GCUACCCAUUAUUGAUAGCGAUAGAUCAUGCAUUGCGUUUGCAUUGUUUAAAUUUAUAAAAUCAUCUUAAAUAUAUCACUUAAAAAAGGAAUUGUACACGAUUUAAUGAGAGAGCAAAACAUGAAGAUUUUGGUAUUUCUGAUAAUGUGUUGGUGCUUCAAAUACAUCGCUCCAAUCCGUGUAAACAAUGGCGGAUAUGAAGAUAUGUAUAUUGUUAUACAGGACAACAACGAGGACAGUGAAUUUCUUCUAGAGCGUAUACAGAAAAUUUUUACGGACGCGUCUGAACUACUGUUUACAGCCACCAAGAAUUAUUUAUACUUCAAGAAAAUCAAAGUAAUUGUACCAAGGACAUGGCAGCAUAAGGAAAAGUACAAGAAGGCUCUGAUACCUUCACACAUUAAACAGGAAAUAAUUAUUGACAACACUAAACAGAACGAAAAAGGCACACCAAGAGUAAAUGGGAUAACAGCAUGUGGCAAGGGAGGUGAAUAUAUGUACCUUCAUUCAGAAUCAUUUAUUUUGAAAACAGGGCAAACAUCUUGGGGUUUGCAUGAUAGAGUGAUUGUUCACGAGUUUGGUCAUCUACGUUAUGGCUUAUAUGAUGAGUAUCCUAUUUCCGGUGGUAGUUCUCAAUUUUACCAGCACGAAGGAGAGUGGAAACCAACAGGAUGCACAGAGGACAUUCAGGGAGAAAUUGGAAUUGGCAGCCAUUGCGAGAAAAGUAAUGCAUGUGAUUAUAAAAAUACCGGAAAGAAAAUGGAUGAUAAUUGCGACUUUUGUCCCGACCAAAAUCAAAAUUUAGAGGCUUCUUUGAUGGGUUAUCAAUGGAUAGAUGCCUUAUCCAAGUUCUGCGAAAGGAAUGACACAACAACGUCCAAACAUGUGUGGCAUAACCCUUCUGGGAAAAAUUUGCACAACAAACGAUGCAGUUCCAAGAGUGCUUGGGAAAUAAUGAGCAAUCAUCAGGACUUUUCAGAUGCACAUAAGCUGCCUAAUUCUACUGACACUCAGCCAACAUUUGAAUUCAUUCAAGAAAAUGAACAAUACCGUGUUCUUGUGCUGGAUGUUUCCGGCAGUAUGGAGGGGAAACGGCUUGAAAUCCUGCAACAAGUAACAACGCUUGUCAUUAAAGAUCUCAUUCCGUCAGGCAGCUAUCUUGGUAUCAUAGCUUUCAGUAACACAGCCACAGUUGUACAACAACUGACAAAUGUAACAUCCGAUUCCGUACGAGAUCAGUUAAUAAAUAGCCUGCCUACUGUGGCUGAGGGAGGUACAUGUAUUGGUUGUGGCAUUGAAAGUGCCAUUGAGUUAUUUAAAAUGGAACAAGGUGAGGCCACUAACGGAGAAAUUAUUCUCGUUUCUGAUGGGGAGAAUAAUGAAGGCAACAUUGACAAAUCGAGACAAAAAAUGUUAACAGAAAAGGUCACAGUGCACACUGUCUCUGUCACUCAAGAUGCCGAUCUUGUUCUUGCUGAUAUUUCAACAGAAAGCGGCGGGAAACAUUUUACAUACCUGGAAACUGGAACAUCUAGUUUUAUUGCUUUAUUUGAUGAAAUAAUAGUUAGCAGUCACACAUCUGCCUCGAAACAAACCGUUGUGCUUGCAUCAGAGAGAAUAAACAGCACAACAUCAAGCAUAGUCAAACUGGCAUUUCCUAUAGAAAAGAAUCAAGGAGAAAAUACAUUUGUUGCUGUUAUUGUACAAUCUGAUUACAACGGUCGAUUGUACAUUAAUCUAACUGGCCCAAAUAAUUUCUCUAGAACACUUAUUACUGCAGAAAAGACAGCGACUGUUCGGAUUCCAGAUAUAGCUCAGCCUGGUGAUUAUGAAACAACGAUUACAAUGGACACGAGUGGAAUAUCACUUGAAUAUGUAGUAAAAUCAACACCAAUCAGUAGUGAUAUAAUAAGAGUUGAGGCAUAUAUGUCAGCAUCGAAGAUCGACUUUAAAACUGGAGAGCUUCCUAUUAUCUACACAGAGGUUACUAAGGAAUACUCCCAAGUAAUAAAUGCAAACGUCACAGCUCGUGUAGAAUCAAACGACGGAGGCAAAGGUUGUAACGAAUAUUUGUAUGAUAAUGGCUUAGAUCCGGAUGAUAUUCGUGAUGACGGGAUUUAUUCAGCAUAUAUACUUCCACAAUGCCUGGGUGCUGGGCGCAUAAAUGUGAAGAUUUUUGCAAAAGGGCAAGAAGGAAAGGUACGCAUUAAGAGUGUUACUGCUGGUGGUCAAGCACCUUACCAAGAGGAACAGUUGACGGAAUACAACGAACGUUUUCAGCGUGUUAGACUGAUGGAAGACCUUUAUAUUGAAAACUAUGAGGAUCCUGGACUAAAUGACACGGUUCCACCAGGAAGAAUUACCGAUGUUGAUAUCCAUAAUAUUGUCACGAAAGCAACAUUGUCAGGAGAAAGCAGAAGUUUUACAAUAGCAUGGACUGCAACGGGUGAUGACAAAAGCAUUGGUCGAGCUUCGGCGUAUAUAUUCAGAAUCUCCGAUGAUUUUAAAACUCUCCAAGACAACUUUGAUAAUGCCGAGCUGUUAGAUGUCGGAAACUUUAGCUUUAAGCCUUUAAAUUCUGGUGAAAAGGAAGCAUUGAAAAUAAUUGUUGACGCAGAGAAAUCUUAUACCAGCACAGUGUUCUUCGCCUUAAAAGCAGUUGAUGAAGUGGGUAAUACUGGAGACGUGUCAAACAUUUUGUCAAUAGUUGUUGCUAAAGGAUUUCGUGCGCAUGGAGAGGCAGGCAGUUUGGAAACGGAAGAUGUUGACGUUGAUAAGCCAGAAGGACGAAAUGUCAUUUUAUAUAUUAUUCUAGGAUCUUCAGCAGGGGUUGUCGUGUUUUUGACAAUAGUCAUAACAGUCUGUUUGUGUAGAAACAGAAGAGCCCCGAAUGCAAAGAAUACAAAUGUUCCACUUGGGAGAGUAUGAACUACUUGAUGAAGCAAAACAUAGAAAUACGUACAUAUACCAUAUGCACGACUUAAACGAUCGCGUUUGUGUGCCUGUAUGUUUAUCAAUAAUGAUAAUUCUUUGUGACAAUAAUUCAAUUGUAAAAAUUCAUUGUGUUUAUCUAUUUGUGCGUAUUAUAUUUCAUUGUGAUGAAAGAGAAAUAAUAAAUAUUAUGACAUUAGUAAUAGAAAUAAAAGCAGUUCCCGUUGAAUUAGUCC